UCUGUAAAAAAUCAAUAAAAAAGGGCAGGAGAGAAACAUUGCUUUUCCUCAAAUGAGGCUGCAAGAGAUUUUGGGGGUGCUGUUCAAGAUUAGUUUAAGUGGAAGGCUGACAUGACCAACUUUGAUGUGGAGGUGCUUUUGAAUAUCCAUGAUAAUGAAGUCAUUGUGGGCAUCGCAUUGACAGAAGAGAGUCUCCACCGAAGAAAUAUCACACAUUUUGGAUCUACCACUCUGAGACCUACUCUUCCUUAUGGGAUGCUCCGGCUCUGUGCUCCUCAACCUUCUGAUAUAAUAGUUGAUCCGAUGUGUGGAACAGGGGCAAUACCAACAGAGGGGGCUACUGAAUGGUCUAACUGCUUUCAUAUUGCUGGUGAUAAUAAUCCACUGGCUGUGACUAGAGCAGCAAAUAACAUCUCAUCUUUACUGACCAAGAGCCAAAUUAACGAAGGCCAAUUGUCCUGGGGCUUGCCCAUGGAUGCUAUUCAGUGGGAUAUCUGCAAUCUGCCAUUAAGAACGGGCUCUGUGGACAUUAUUGUAACAGACAUACCAUUUUGGAAAAAAGGAUGGACUCCAAGAAAAGAAACUGGAACCUUUACCCAGCUUGCCUAUGGGAGAUGAGCCGUAUCUGUAAACCAGGGACAGGCCGAGCUGCACUUCUUACUUAGGAGAAGAAAUGCUGUGCGAAGGCAUUAUCUGGAAUGGAACAUGUAUGGUGGAAAGUGCACACUGUCUGGGUGAACAUAGGUGGUCUUCCUGUUCCAGUUUACCUUCUGAACCGUACACCUCAAGCUUUUGUUCAUCCUUCAGGACGGGAUAAAGAGGAACUUCUACGUGCAAAGAAUGAUUAAUAGUAUUUGUGCUUCCUGACACUGGAAAUGCCAGAAUUUUCUUGCUUUAAAAGAAAAAUAGUAUUUAGUAUUAACAAAAGCAGUUUUCUGUUUAAGUUGGUCUAAGGCUCUUCACCCAGGUUAGCAGGUGUGAAUGUAACGUCAUGGAAUUGAAAGUCUUAUGAGAGAAGAACAUUUCUUCCUUUGCAGCUGCUGUGAAGAGGUAGCUGGACAAUUGGUACUUUUCCUAAAAUGCACUUGAGAUUUGGGUUUACAUUUUAUUUUCAGGCUUUGUACCAGUUCCUGUUUUCCACUGUAGCCACCCUGGCCAAAUGGAAAAGCAGAGAACAUAAUCAUAGCAUCUUAGGCAACAUAUAUACUGCCUAUGUACUUCUGCUAUUUAGUUGCUCAAGUUCUCUUUACAUCAACCUUAAAAAAGGAAUUAUUACAUUUUGUGAAAGUGUUUGCCCCAUGAUGAGAUGAAAUCUAACAAGACCUAUUGAAAAGUUUAUCAUCUGCCUUAAAAAUUAAAACAUGCAUGUUAUUCAGGUUAAUACAUAGAGGACUAGGAUUUAGCAAAGGAAUUAAAAAGAUACAUUUUUAUUUGUAAAUAGUAGCAAAUACAUUAAUUACAAGAUGAAGAAUGGGACCAACAAGUCCAAUUUAAAGAUUGUAUUUUUCAGUACACAAAAGUGGUAUUGCUUUUGAAAGUCAAACAUAAACCUGUCAAAAUAUUUUUGGUUUCUUAAAAGGACUGAUUUAUCGUUGAAUUAAAAACUUCACCUGAAAAAAAAAUCAAUAAAAA